UCGGGGCCGGGCUUCUGCACUGCCGGCACCAUGGGGACACACACGGUGCGGUUCAUCGGCGCCUUCCUCCUCGCCCUCGUCGCUACACACGGUGCCUGGGCCACCUCCAUAGUGAAACGACAGAUCUCCACGGACAUCGAGAAUGACGCCGAGCUCUGCAAGGGCCGCUCCCCCUCGGAAUACUUCCGUCUGACUGCGGACGAAGACUGCCGUGACGUCGUUCGGUGUUCCGUGCAGGGUCUGCUGGCCCUGCGGUGUCCAUCUGGCCUCGCCUUCGACAUUGAGAAACAAACGUGCGACUGGAAAGCCAACGUCAAGAACUGCGAACAGCUCGAGAAGCCGCGGCUAGUCGCCCCUCUCUUGGCGACAGACGAGCCUAUCUGUGAAACCGGCAAGCUGGCCUGCGGAAAUGGCGACUGUAUCGCCAAAGAGAUGUUCUGUAACGGCAACCCCGACUGCAGUGAUGGAUCGGACGAGAACGCCUGCACCGUCGACAAGGACCCGAACCGGGCCCCUCCCUGCGACCAGAACCAAUGCGUGCUGCCCGACUGUUUCUGCUCGGCUGACGGCACUCAGAUACCGGGCCGCCUGGAGCCAAAUGUGGUGCCGCAAAUGAUCACCAUCACCUUCGACGACGCCAUCAACAACAACAACAUCGACAUCUACGAGAAGAUCUUCAAGGAGGGCCGCAACAACCCGAACGGCUGCCAAAUCAAGGCCACCUUCUUCGUCUCCCACAAGUACACCAACUACUCCGCUGUGCAGGAGCUCCACCGUCGGGGACACGAAAUGGCGGCGCAUUCAAUCACGCACAAGCAUGAGGAGAAGUACUGGUCCGAGGCCAACACCGAGACCUGGGCCAAGGAAAUGGCUGGGGUGCGACUCAUCAUGGAACGCUUCGCCAACAUCACUGACAAUUCGAUCGUGGGAGUGCGCGCCCCCUACCUCAGGGUUGGCGGCAACAGCCAGUUCUUCAUGAUGGAAGAGCAGGCUUUCCUCUACGACUCUACCAUCGCUGCCCCGCUGAGCAACCCUCCGCUGUGGCCUUACACCCUCUACUUCCGCAUGCCCCACAAGUGCCACGGUAACGGCCAGAACUGCCCGAGCCGAUCCCAUGCCGUCUGGGAGAUGGUCAUGAACGAGCUCGACCGGAGAGAUGACCCGACAUUCGACGAAGAGCUGGCUGGCUGCGCCAUGGUGGACUCAUGCAGCAACAUUAUCUCGGGUGAGCAGUUCUACAACUUCCUCAACCACAACCUGGACAGACACUACAAGACCAACCGUGCGCCCCUCGGACUCUACUUCCACGCCGGCUGGCUCAAGCUGAACCCCGAGUACUUGGAUGCUUUCAUCCAGUGGAUCGACGAGACUCUUGACAAGAAUGACGUGUUCUUCGUGACCAUGACUCAGGUGCUGCAAUGGAUGCAGCAGCCCACCGAGCUCUCGGCCAUCAGGGACUUCGCGCCCUGGAAGGAGAAGUGUGACGUCAAGGGCCAGGCUUACUGCAGCCUGCCCAACGCUUGCCCAUUGACCACCAGGGAACUGCCCGGUGAGACCAUCCGUCUGCACACGUGCGUCGAGUGUCCGCAGAACUACCCGUGGCUCGAGGACCCGACGGGAGACUACUUCGCCUUCCGCAAGUAGAAACCGUUGUGAUCGUCGUCGCCUUCCGUGCCCGCGGGGCAGGCGGCGGCGGCAUCUUCUUCGGGACCGGUCUGGCCUCGCCGCCUGGACCGGUGCCCAAGGACGUCGGCGGCCACGUGGGCCCCGAUCGGCCGGCCGCAGGUGCCGUUACGCCGUCUCCUCUCGGACUGUCUCUGCUCACUCACCGCCGCCAGCUGGACUGCUUGCCGCAAAGUGUCCCGUUGCUUGCGCGCUCCGGCCGGCAGAAAAAGGGCGCGCCCCCUCACCGAGCGCGACAAGUGUGUGAUUCCGAAUAAAAAACGCCCCUCCCUCGUCGUCGCCUCCAGUCACGCAGAACUGAUUUCAGUGCGCCGCGCCAGAAGUGUGUCCGGCCCCACGCGACCUCGUGGUUGCUGCUGCGCUCCGAGAGACCGCCGCUUUGACGCGGCGCCUUCCUACUUUCUGGUCUCGAACGCCUGAAAAGCAUGCUUGGGUCGGCGUCAAUAAAGAAGUGAUUCUCCUGUU